GCUGUGUCGAUCGAGAACCUAAAAAAAAAAGACACAAACACAAAAACCCACUGUCAGCUCAGCUCUCUUCUCAUUAGAACGUCUGCUUGGUGUUGAGAAUAGCAGCAUCGUCUCUUCCACAAAUCGAUUAUGUGAUUAGAAGAAAGUCAUGGAGGCGACGGCGCUGAGCUUGGGCAAGGCAGUGCUGGGCGGAGCGCUCAGCUAUGCCAAGUCCAAGGCCGCAGAGGAGGUCGCACUGCAGCUCGGCGUCGAGGACGACGUGACCUUCAUCACGGACGAGCUGCAGAUGAUGCAGUCCUUCCUGAUGACAGCCGAUGAGGAGCGAAGCCAGACCAAGGUGGUCACGACCUGGGUGACGCAGGUCCGCGACCUGGCCUACAACGUGGAGGACAGUCUCAUGGAUUUCGGCAUCGACGUUGGGAAGAAGCCGAUUUGGGGGUGCAUCCCCCGUAGCUCGUGCGAUCGACGUCGCAUAGCCAAGGAGGUGAAGAAGCUAAGGUCCAAGGUCGAGGAUGUGAGCAACAGGAACCUGCGCUACCGCCUCAUCAAGGAUGGCUCAAGAUCCAAGCCUGCCGGUGCGGCGGAGCAAACUACUGCCUCUGAUGGUGUAGAGCGUCAAAAACCAAAGGCAGACCUGCUGCAGCUGGUCACUAGCAAGGAGGUCGACCUGAGGGUCGUGGCUGUGUGUGGAACAACCGGUGAUCGUGGGAAGACGGCCGCCAUCCAUGAGGUCUAUGAUCACCCAAGUGUGGCAUCAAAGUAUGGACUCAGGGCAUGGGUUAGGCUGAUCCACCCUUUCAAUCCAGAAGAGUUUCUUCGUAGCAUGGUACGGCAAUUCUUGGAGAAUUUCCAUGAUAAGCCUCAAGGUGGAGAAGAAGCAACAAAUGUUGGGGCUACUGUCCUUCUGAAGAUGGACAAGAUGAACCAAAGUGAUUUAGUGCACACGUUUACUACACAGUUGAGUAGCAAUAGCUAUCUAAUUGUAAUAGAUGACCUAUGCACAGUAGAAGAGUGGCAACGCAUCAGAAGGUUCUUCCCUGACAACAAGAAAGAGAGCAGAAUCAUAGUGUCCACUCAGCAAGUUGAGGUUGCAGGCUUAUGUACAGAGCAACCAUACCAAAUGUCCGAGUUUAAGCAGCUCCCGUAUGACCAAACACUUUAUCUGUUCCAUAGGAAGGUUAUUAGUGAGAUACAGGAAGAAUAUCAACCACCAAAGAGUACAGGAAAUAGUUUCUCUACCUCAACUACUGGCAAAAAGUUUGAUCGCAUGAGGACAAUGACACUGAAUGAUGAUGUACUUGUUGGGAGAAAGACUGAGAAAUCUGAAGUUAUUGAUUUGAUUGGUCAACCUUCGGACAAGCUCUGUAAGGUGAUCUCUGUGUGGGGAAUGGGAGGACUUGGGAAAACUACUCUUGUCCGAAGCAUCUACAGAAGCCAACAGCUUGAUGACUGGAACUGGAAGCGCGCUUGGGUCACUGCUACGCGUCCUUUCGACAAUGAAGUGCUCAUCAGAACCCUAGCUUCGCAACUACUCCACGAUUCUAAUACAGCAAAUAUGAAGUUGGAUGUCUUAAGAAAAAAGAUAGACCAGCUUCUACUGAACGAGAACUAUCUCAUUGUUCUUGAUGACCUAUCAUCUAUUGAAGAAUGGAACUUGGUUCGAGACCAAUGGGCAAAGGCUAAACGCAUCAUAGUCACCACAAGAGAAUAUAGUGUUGCCAAAUAUUGUUCGGGAGGAGACAUGAACACGCACAAACUUCAAGUCCUACAAGAAGAGGAUGCACUUGCCCUCUUCCUAAAGAAGGUGUUUAACAACCACACUGAAAAUACAAAUUUAGGUACUGAUAUGUUGGAUCAAGCAGCACUAAUCAUUAAGAAGUGUCAUGGACUUCCCCUUGCAAUAUCUGCAAUAGGUGGAUUCCUAGCUAAUAAGCCCAAAACUGCUACUGAAUGGAGGAAGGUCAAUGAUCGCAUCAGGGCUGAAUUGGACAUGAAUCCGGAACUUAGGAGUAUAAAGACAGUUCUUAUGAGGAGCUAUGACGGUUUACCAUACCAUCUCAAGUCCGCUUUCUUAUACAUGUCCAUAUUUCCAGAAGAUUACAAAAUUAAGCGGAAACGUUUGAUAAGGAGAUGGAUUGCUGAGGGUUACUGUAGAGGAAUGCAUGGCAUGAGUGCAGAAGAAGUUGGUGACAGAUAUUUUGAGGAGCUUUUGGAUAGGAGCAUGAUCCUGCUGUUGGAAGAGGACACUAAGUAUGGUGGGGCCAUUGAUUCUUGUCAGCUUCAUGAUAUCAUCCGUGAAAUAUGCAUACUAAAGGCUAGGGAGGAAAACCUUGCUUUUACUCUGGAGGAAGGGUGUUGUUUGAGCGACGCACAAGGUACAAUACGUCAUCUUGCUAUAGGCAGCAACUGGAAAAGAGAUAAAGAUGUACUGGUGGAGAGCAUGCUGGACUUGUCGCAUGUGCGGUCAUUGACCGUGUUUGGAGAAUGGAAACCAUUUUUUAUUUCUGAUAAGAUGAGGUUUCUCAGAGUGCUCGAUUUGGGUGAUACAUUUGGGUUAAGAGAUCGUCAUCUUGAUCAGAUUGGCCAGCUCCUUCACCUGAAGUACCUGUCUAUACGAGGAUGUUACGAUAUCUGCUGCCUUCCAAGUUGUUUGGGAUGAAAUCUGAGGCACCUCCAAACUCUGGAUGGUAGAGGUACAAGAAUAGCUAGUUUUCCAUCUGCGAUCACCAAGCUACAGAAGCUAGAGCAACUUCUUGCAUCUGGUGCUGAUGAUGGAUUCGCCUAUGACUAUCGCCAUGAUUCAUCUAGUAAAAGCUGUCUCAUUCCAGAUUUCGAGAAUCACCUGAUAUAUGACCCCAGAUCUGUAUCCCAUGAUGCCAUGCCGAGGAUAGUCCAAGAUGCUUUUCUUUUGUGGCAUAGUGAAAUGUCAGAUGGCUCCAGACGAGUAAGGGAGUAUGUUCCCAUGAGAAAGAAUAAUUGCUGCACAUCUUUGCUAUACCACAUCCGUAUGGGUCUACUACGGUUCAUCUUUGGCUUGUCAAUUUGCUAUUUCUGCUGGAGGCCAGAAGCUAUGGGUGCAGGUUUCAACAGGCGAGAUGUAUUCAACUUCAACAUGAUAUCCACCUUAAAUAUGAUUCUAUUUGGGGGCGUUAAAGCUCCUAGAGGAAUCAGGAAACUGAAAGCCCUGCACACACUAGGAGUUGUCGAUGUUUCACGGAGCAAGACCGCUCUGAAAGAACUUGAAGAGCUUACUCAGCUACGUAAGCUUGCUGUGGCUGGGGUGCACAGCAAAUACAGCAACAAGUUCUGGUCUGUCAUUUCCGCUAACAAGCAACUCCGAUCUCUGUCAGUGAAGGGUUUAGGGUUAGAUAGUUGUUUCGGUGGGGAUUUGUUGCCACCAAUACACCUUGAGAGCCUCAAGCUGGAAGGCAAGCUGGUCAGAAUAAAUGAGUGGAUCCAUAAGCUUCAGAAUCUAUCCAAGUUGCAGCUGUAUAAUACCAAAAUUGACUCAGCUGAUCCCAUGCAAGCUAUUGGACAGCUACCAAAUCUUACAAUGCUGACUCUGUGUCAUGGUUCUUUUAUGGACAACAGCGAGCUCCUUUUCCAUGGUCCAUCUUCUUUCCCGGAGCUCAUGGUGCUGAAGCUCAAAGACGUAGAUUGCGAGAUAGUAUCUUUUAAAGAACAGGCAAUGCCGAAGCUCGAGCUGAUACACGCUGAUUUUCAGGGGGGAAUUUGUGGGCUAGCAUUUCUCGCGAGCCUCAAGGAAAUUCGGCUGGGUACUAGAACCAGAGACACAUUGAAGAAAGAUCUGCAGAAGCAGCUCACAGGAGAUCUAGAACGUGUCAGUCUGAAGCUGUUGUAACUGAUCCAGCCGGCAGGACAAACACCUUGCUGUUUGUGACAACGGUUCUGAGGUUGGACCGUUGGAAAAGGUCCAGACUAGGGGGUGGAAAAGGUCCAGACUGAUCCCGUUCUGCCAUUUCUACAUUCAACCUGCUCAAAUUCGUAUUUGCAGUUAUCCCAAUCGUUUUCGCAUUUUUUUUAUGUAUUUGGCAAAUUUGAGAACAGGAUAUAAACGACGCAACUGCUUUUUUUUUAACGAACUUAGACAUGUUCAUGUUUAAUUUAGUCCUAAAAACUGUAACAUGUUUAUGACAACAUAUAUGCAUGUAUGUAAUAUAACUACUUAGAAUGGUUGCAAGCA